AUGUGGGUAUGCCCGAUCCAUUGGGCUGAGAGUUUGUUUGAGCGCCCUCCAGAGGUGGGUGUUGAUCUGCAGUCAGGAGAGUUUCUGGGUCCUCUACAGUACAGGACCUGGAGGAAGAUGAGCUCCAUUUUCCUGCCAGCAGUCACAGCGGUGACCCUCAACCCGGACACAGCCUACCCCUGCUUGUGGGUUUCCCCGUGUUGCACCAAAGUCCAGGUGGGCAAAAUCCAGCCCAACCUGCCCAACAACCCGGAGCGCUUCACCCGCUACAACAUCGUCCUGGGCUCCGAAGCCUUCUCCUCUGGCAGACACUACUGGGAGGUGGAGGUUGGCUCCAAGACUGCGUGGGGUCUAGGUGUGGCCGCAGCCUCGGUCAACAGGAAGGAGGACAUCAGCCUCUGCCCGGACGACGGUUUCUGGACCCUCGUGCUGAGGGACAACGGUGAUGGCACCAGUGAGUACGAAGCGUGCACCGACUCAGAGGACAGCUUGUUGUAUCCCUCCAAACCCCCCAGGAGGGUGGGGGUCUAUCUGGACUAUGGUCGAGGUGAAGUGGCGUUUUACGAUGCGGGAGACAUGAGUCACCUCUUCACCUUCUAUGAUGCGAAAUUCAGCGAGCCGGUUUUCCCAUAUUUUAACCCCUGGCCAAUUAUCAACGGAUACAAUUGGGAGCCGCUCACCAUAGUAACACCACACUGGAGAUAAUCGCUCUUCUUUUUAUCAUAUGACCCAACAGACUCAGAAUUCAGAAGAGAUUCAGCAGCAGAUGAAGUCAGAUGGACUUGAGCUUUCACACAUUUGCCUUGUUAUAAAGAUUCAGCUGAAUUAAUUAUGUGGUGUUGAUUAACAUGCAGGUGAUUAUAACAUUCUUGUAAAACUGUAAAUGCAAAGAUUGAACUUAAAGCUGAGACGAAUGAGGACAUGGCUGGUGAUAUUCAACAGUUUCUUAUUGUCGACAAGUUCCUGUGAAAUUACCAUUUUCCUGUUCAUUCGACCUAUUUAUACCCUAACCCCACACUGUGGCUCUGGAUAACACACACACACACACACACACACACACACACACACACACACACACACACACACACACACGGUUGUUUUAUUUUGAGUAAAUCCCACUCACACUCUGCCUCUGCCGUGAAUACUCACUAAAGUACCAAAUAUGUAUUAAUCCACAGCUGAAAAUAGUCCCUAAUAAAUCAGCCAUUUUCUCCUUUUUGAAAAACCUUUGCUAAAAAUGCCGUGUCCAGCUGUUGGAGGGAAUCACUUUGACUAUUUCUUUUACAUUUUAAUGGAUUUACCUAUUUGUGGAAUUGUUUUUUUUACAAUUCUUUAUUAUCUACUUCAGUAGAAAUGAAUGGGGUUUGGUGACAACAGCCAAUAAGUAGAACGGGUUUUAUCAUGGGGGCCUUGAUACAUCCAGGAUGAGAUGGAACCAAAAUGUCACCACACAUGACCAACCUGAGUCCAGGCUGUAUGUCUCUGUGGGAUAAAGGAGAUUAACGUCUCCUCUGACUUAACAGAACUUGAACUUAGGGAAACAUUCACUCGUGACUGGUUUUGGUCUUUUCAGGGAACUUGUUCACAAGAAUACACUUUUUCUCCUUUUAUUUUUCCUUACAUUUUUUGUAUUGGUCCUGAAAAAUAGGUAACAUGUAUUGAUUUUGAGAAAUGUAAUCAAAGACUUUAUUGGUAGAGUCUUGGCAGAAAGGUUUUAAAUUUUAUAAAAAAUGAAUGUUGCUAAAAUAUCUUACUGCAUGUUUUUUUAAACAACAUUUAAUAACAUAGCAACAUCAUAUCUUAUUGCUCUUUUUAUAUAUAUCUUGUGUUAUAAUUGUUUUUACAUGUACAUCUAAAGCAAUGAUGUGUAUCGCAGAACAGUGACUUACAGUCUUUACAUUAACACCUCUGACCUCUCACCCAGUCACAUGUGUCCAACACUACACCUCUAACAUGUCAUUUACAUACGUUCUCUUGUUUACGGCACAUCCACGUUAAGAUCAGAGGAAACACUGUGCAGGUAUUUGACCUGAGAGUUUAAUAAAAUGA